AAUUUUUAAUUUCAAUAAUUUUAUGUUAAAGAAGACUAAAAUAAUAAUUUAUAUUUUUAAAAAAUUCAUUAGUGCUGUGAUUAAUAUAUUAAGAGAUAUCAAGAUCUAAAAAUGACAACAAGUAAAUCAUUGAUUUUAAGCGGCUUCAAAGAAGAUUGUGAACAAUUAAUUGCUCGUUUUGAGAAGGCAGAUGACAUUAGAUUUCAAACUUUUUGUGAAAUUUGGAAAACGAUGAGAUUUUCACUGGUUUUUACAGGUCGUCCAACUUUUUUAGAAUUAUUAGAAUUUUGUGAAGAAACACUGAAUAUAUGUAAACAAUUUCUUCUUUUACCUCCUCGAUUUAAAGAACGUAUUGGAGGAUUAUAUCUUUUAUAUGGAAUAUAUUACAAAAUGCCAGUAGAUCAGUUUAAGAUUAGAGUUAAAUUAGAUGAUUGGCAAAAUAUUAUGGAACUUCAUGCAGAAAUAAAAGAAGCAGAACACUUAGAUGCUAAUUAUAUAUUAUGUAAACUAAUUGUAGAUAAUGCAUUUCAUUUUUGUAUUUUUGAUUCAGAGUUUGGAUUGGAAAAGCAAUAUCGUGUAAAGAAUGCACAAUGUUUUAAUCCGUAUUCUGUAUUACCAAUAUUAAAAGAUUUAACUGACAAGCAUCAAAUGUUAUCAAAAAUAAAUGAAAUUAGUAAAGUUUAUGAAGAAAAUAAACAAUUAUUAAAAUUAAAAAAUGAUUCAGGUACUAGUUUAAAUUUAUUCAAUUCAAAUAUAGCUGAAGAAAUUAUUAAUGAUAUUCAAAAGUUUGAAGAACAGAAGAGAAAUCAACAAAUAAAAAGUAUGUUUGAUUCUGAAAAAGCAUGUACUUCUUCUACUUCAAAAGGAACACAUAAAAAAACCCAAUUAAAAGGAACUUCCAAACGUAAAAUGCGGCCAUUAAUUGAUUAUGAUUUUCAAAUAGAAUCAAAUGAAUCUGAUGAAGAUGAAGUAUUUGAACUUGAUGAUUAUGAUUCUAAUUCAUCUGAAGAUUUUGAUUAAUAACAAAAACAAAAAUAUACAUAUUAUCUGUAAGUGUAUUAUAACAACAAAUUUUAUAAAGAUAAAUUAUAUGUAUAUCUAUAAUAAGUAAAUAAUAUUUCUUAAAUUGUCUUUUAUUGGAAAUUGUACAAAAUAAGUAUAAGGAACAAGUGAGUGGAAAUAUUAAUCAUUUUAAAUUUAAAGAAAACUUUCGUAGAAUACAUUGUACUCUAUCUUAUUGUAGCUAUGUUUUUCACAUGCUUUAAGUGAAGACAAUUCAAUUAAAUGACUAAACAUCUUUAAAAUGGAAUUAAAUUUCUAAACUUAAAAACUGAGUAAAAUGUAUUAUAGAUUUCGUGAAUAAGUUACUUUAUCAGAGACUAAUUUUCAAAAAUGUAACUUUUCAUUUUUAUGUAGCUUUAUGUAUAUUUACGGCAUUAAAAUUAAAUCUAUAU